AUCAUCAACGGAUCUGAAGGUUUUUACAUCUCAGAGCAGCUGGAUGGAGAGGAUACCUUAACUUCCCUUCUUCGUAAUGCUAAUAUCCAAGAAAAACACAAAGGGUAUUAUAAUUGCACUGCAACGAACAACAUUAGCGGCUGGUCAAGUAAAAAAUCAAAGACAAUUGAGCUGGAUUAUAGGUGUAAGUGGUCUGAUUAGUUAGAGGUAUGUUUAGAAGUGAACCCGGAUUACUGUAUACCAAGAGUCUGGAAGUGGGGGGGUGGUGGUCCUGAUCCCGUAUUCCCGCUCUUUUUCACCACAAUCCCGCUCCCCGAACUUCUGUCAUCUCUAUCCCGAAUACCGUUUUCUUUCAGAUUUUUGCGAAUCCCGCUUCCCGAGUAGCGGUCAAUUCCCGUAUCGGGUAAAGAAAUUGGGCAUUUUCCCGAAUCCUGCAGUGUAUUUCGGGCGAGUCCUGGAUCCCGAGAAUACCCUUCCAGACCCUGUACAUACCCGUAUAUCGUUUUCUUUCACAAUCUUGCAUCUGUGCCCAAAUUUUGGAGAAUUCCGCUUCCCCAGAAGCAUUCAAAUUCCGUAAAUUGUAAAUAUCUUAUUAUCCACUCCCAUCAGGGCUUUUUAGGUAUAAUUUACAACACUGGUUGGGGGACUUUGCCAGACUGCUUAAGGUGCAGUUUACAACAGGGGGGCCCACGACUUAGCGAAAUUUCGUGUACCUAUGAUCCACCGAUUUAUGACAUCACAUCCGGUUGGAGAGUUGCUGCUCUGUUUUCGCGCGAAGCACAAAGAUGGACGCCCGAUGCCAUUUGGUUUUCUCGUUGUUUCUACCCACAGGCUAACGGAAUUAUGUAUCUUGAAUGCCGAGAAUCUUGAGAAGGUAUCUAGCCGGCCAUUGAAGCAACUGUCAUGACCAAACAAAGAAGAUUUAGUAUUGUUUUAACGAUAAAUAUCAUGCAGCUGCGGGGAAUAUCAUGGCGAGUCUUGCGAUGUUUCCGAACGAGUGUCGCUAACGUUUUGUGGCUGUUGCGGCCUCUGAUUUAGAGAAGUCAUCAAUCAAAAUAUAAUUUCCUGAGCGGAAUAGAAUGGGGAAAACGUCUAUGGCCACAGUUUAAAGUGUUCACCGCUGGAAGGCUGUAUCACGCCCCGUAAAGUUGCAGAAACUCCCACUCAACUGCAUGGUUUUGAGGAAUGUCAUGGCGAGUCUUUCGCUGUUUGUAAUCGAGCGUCACUCAAGAGUUUGGCUUUCGCGGCUUCUGAUUCAUCGAAGUCAUCAAUCAAAAUUGCCUAUCCUGAGCGAAAUACCGUGUGGAACAAGCUUAUGGUCACAGUUUAAAGUGUUAACAGCUGGAAGGCUUUGCCACUCGACGUAAAGUUUUUGCAGGGGCUCGGUCUUCUGCUGUUCGAACACCCUCUGGCAUGGUGUCGCAUAGUUAAGGUUAGUAGGUUUGCCGAUCCAGGAUUUUUCUUUUAGUGCACGUGAGAGAAUUACAAGGAACGUAGAGUAAAGAAAUAUUAGAGUUAUUCAAUGUUAGAGAGUGAGGUUUUGUUAAGAGAAUUAGAUAUCAAAUUUUUUAAAUGGUUGAUGAAAGAGGAAUUCUUAAAGAACAGGUGGUACUAUUAGGAAAGUAGCCUGAAAUUCAUCCGAUUGCUUCGAGUCGUUUUCUCCUCUCAACAACGUCUGAAUCGACCAGCCGUUAAUGCCGUCCAGUGACGUCACUCACUACCCGAAAACCGGGUAGUGAUUUUGAUUGGUUGAUUGUCUCUACAUUCGCAUAAUUAUGUAUAAUUAUGAAAAAUUUUAGCGGGAUUGUCAUUUGAUAUUCAGCGGAUCGCAUCCCUGGCAUUCUUUCGGUUAGUUCAAACAUUUCUAUGAGCUUAAUCUUUAUCUUAAACGGCAAAAUUGCCCUUGUCUUCGGAACUGAAAUGUUAAAUUGAACUGCGAAUGAAGAAUCAUCGCGGAGAGUCGGUAGGUGAGUUUUCAUUCAGAGCCGCUUUGUGGUUUCGGCGGCCGGUGAUUUUGUUUACGCGAAGUUUUCUGAAUUUUAAUUCGACCUUCUUGCUAUUUCACCGUCAAGUGUGAUGAUUCUGUUAGCUUUUCUUUCUUUUCUCCUUGUUUUUUUCUUCGUUAAGGACCAAAUAGCUUCUUUUCAAUUAAAGCAAAUCAUUUUGUUUUUGAACUAAGUGUUCCGUGUGUGCUUUUAUCAUGUUUUAUUUCAUUGCGUGAUUGCGACCGAGUUUGAAUAUAGAAUUUAGUACAACCGGUCCAGAGUUGUACCGCAUGCAGUUGAUUGUUUGAACGUUAAACAUGAACUACAAUCGAAAAAAAUAAAGCAGUUCUGUAUCUUGCAGACAUUUCCAAACGAUAUUUCUCGGUUUGCCACUUGAAAAUCGUGUUUUGCAUUUUGCAUGAAUUAAAGCAAAGGUCAAGGAGUAGUGACGUCACUGGACGGCAUUAACGGCCGGUCGAUUCAGACGUUACUGAGGGAGUAAUAACGACUCGAAGUAAUCGGAUGAAAUUCAGGCUAUUAGGAAAGGGCAGUAAAACAUCCUAAAGAACUACCCUUUUUCUCACAGCACUUUCUACUGGAUCUCUAAAACUGUAUUUUAUUGGGUAAGAAACACAUAAAAUAGAAAAAAUGUGACAGAGAAUAGGCCGUUUGCUUUGGGAGGUGGUGCCUCAAGAGAGGUAGAGAUAUUAAGAGGGGCUUCAGCCAAGAAGAAGGACAAUAUCAUAACCAAAACAAUAAUCUUGUUGAUUAAUUAUUAUUACUAGUAGUCUUUUUGAGUGCGAUAUUAUACCAGAAAGAUACCACAUGCCUGCAAUUGCUGUGAUCAUAAUUUAUUGUUUUAGAGGGAGGCAUGCAAGGUUUUUGCUAAGGGGAUUUAAGGGGUGGUAACAGCACACCUCCAGGCAGACUGCAUAGCUGCAUGGUUGCUUAUGGGGGAUUGUGAAACUUAAUGACAGCAAACUUAAUUUGCACAGAUAAGCAAAAUUACAUUGCCAGUUAUUUCUCUCUGUGUAGUAGGGGAUAGACAGUUCAAUUACGUGUGAAGGACUGGAAGUAUAUUUUUUUGCCACUUUUCCCUUGCUGAGCCUUAAAAUCUAUAUUGUAAGACAGUUGUGCAUAAGGGAUAUUUGCAUUGUUUGAUUCUAGGAUCCUUAAAAGUUGUAAGGAGAGAGGGUCUCCAUGGCCAAAACAAACAAAAAGUAUGUUAUAAGAAACUUGAAUGAAAUUUCUACAUGGUAGGGAGUUGUUGGGAGAAAACGGCCUCCCUGGAAAAAGAAAGGAUAUUUUUUGUUCUGUAACAUGAAACUUUCAUCUUAAGACUUGCACUUUUUGUUACUAGAAACAGUACAUGUAAGCAAUGGAACCAAGAUUUGAAGGAUACUGCAAUAAUUCACUUCAGUAGAAUGGUUUUUCUUUCUCCUAGUAACAAUGUUUUUACUCGGUAACUUUUUAAUAAGGUUGACAGUGGUCUUCUUUUAGUACAAUAUCUAUGUUGAAUGGCAUGCCUGAGGGGGGAGGGGGGGGAGGGGUAUGUACCUGUAGCUGGUGGGGCAAAAGGGAGUAUCCAACAGAGAGUUCAAACCUUUUUAGGAGAAACAGUCACCCAGUGCAGCCUUGAGUGAGCCAGUGAUCAUUUUUUUUUUCUUUUGGCCAUACAUGGACGGUAUAUUUAUUUUUUUCUUCAUACUUCAAUUUAAAUUUUUCCUGUUUUUUGGGGUAUGAAAAUGUAUGAUAAGGAGUAUGACACAAAGGAAAGUAAAAUUAUCCAGGGAUAAAAUUGAACCUCAAUAAUAACGAUAUACAGCUGUGUAUAAAUUAUUGGUAUGUAUACAACAGUUUUUCUUGUAGUGUUAAAGGAAAUACUGAACUUUUAUUCACCUACUUUAUUUGAUUGAUCAAUGAUAUUAUUAUUGUUCUAAAAAAAGAAACAUCAAAAUAUUAUCAAUAAAUUACAUGUAUGAAUUUUAGAAACAUGCAAACCAGCCCUGAGACAUUCAAGCUGUAUUGAUUUCCUUUUUCCCAAAAAAUAUCCACAUUCCUUUUUAUUGACUAACGUCUUUUGAUCCUGUAUUUGGCUCAAAAUCUUAUUGCUUAGAUUCACAAUGCAUUCUUGAUUCUUUUCCAGUAUCUACUGAAAAAUACAGUCUAGGUAUGUUGUAAAUACCAUCUCUUUUUGGUUGUAUCCUCGACAACAGGCUUUCAAUGCAAUGUUCCGAGUUGUUUUAACACACAAUCCCCCAACAAGUGAAGGUCUAGGAAAUAUUGGGUAAAUGUAGAUAAUUAUAAACAUCAUUUUUGUGUCAAAAAGUGUUUACACUCCUAUUUCAAUCUUCAAACAGCUUGAUUUGCAUGAAAAGAGUAUUUUUUUAUUGUUCAGUAGCUCUAGGCUCAAGUUCAUGUCUUGAUCCCAUCAAUGUAUGUUCACUUUUAAACAGAGGUUUCAGUGGUUUCAAAACAAGCUGGUGACCACUGGAGUUCCAUCGGCUACUUCAUUGUUUAUUGCCAGCAAUUCUGUAGUCCCCCCCCCCCAGCCUCCAGAUACUUUAAAACAUUUUGAAAUCCCUGAAGUUUAUGUACUGACGAUGAGCUAGUAUAAUUUUACAAAGGAACCCUACCAAAGGAUCAGAAAGCCAAGCCAAGUAGUGUACCAUAAAGACUGAUCAUCUCAAAACCCACCUCCUAUUCCAUGGCACAUACCUGUAUAGAAGUACUACAACCUUCUCCCUGGGUGUUAAAGUAACAAUAAAGAGGGGUUUCAGGUGUAGCCUCUUGUCUUUGUUUUAUUUUUCUGAUGUUUGCUACAACCUUUGCUCCUCUGUAGGGAAAGAUGGUUUGGCAAGAGGAAAGCAGAAGACAGUUUGAUGAAAGGAUUUAUUAAUUCACAUUUUACUAUUCCAUCUGUUAAGAGGAUUUUCUAAACAGAUCAUUUAAAUAGUCUGGAAUUCAUUAAAGCUGACAAAAAGCACAUGCUGUUCUUGUUGUUCCUUUAUAAGACAGCCUUAAAUAAAUUGCAGGUCUGAAAGAUGGAGUUGUAAAUAAUCUCAUCUCGCUGUGUUAAUUUUUGAUAAUCUUUUUUUCCAUCAAAUUUAAUUACUAGUAAAAACCUGCAACUAAGAACCUGUAUUUUCCCAAGUUAGCCUAAACAAGUCAGGUUCUUACAUAAAAACCAAUUAGCACAGAUUUAGGCUAUUUAGGUUCAGUCUCAAAUACGUCCUUAUUUUCUGAAAAAAAAAAAUACUUUGUAGCUUUGAGCUAAAAGUAUUUAGUGGCAUUCAGCUCUUUCCUUAGUAUAUGUAAAACCUGUAUACCAUUGCAUUGCAGUCGGAGUAUUAAAUGAUAAAUAUUAUUAGACACCUAUGUCUCAAAAGAGGACCCUGUAUGUUGACUUAUCUUACUUUCCCAAGUGUACACUGUGCAGAAGUUUUUUCUAAGAGAUUUUAUAAAUAAUGGUAAUAGGACUGAGUGGAGUCCAAUUCGGUCUGUAAUCAUACACGUGUUACAAAAUUGGACAACCACGAAGCAGGAGUCGGAUUUGUUUAAUCAUGAGUAUGAUUACAGAUUGAAUUGGACAAAACAAAGUCCUGUAACCGUUACAAUUUCCAAGAAAAUAUAUGCAUUCCUUUUUGGACAAAUAGCAUUUGUUCAUACUAAAUGUCCAAAAUAAUUAAUAAUUACUGGUGGAUACACUGCCUAUAUGUUGCAUAUUCAUCCAUUUUGGAUUAAUCCCCAGUUAGUUUGGGUAAGUGAUUGUUGCUAUGGUUAUUGUAAUAACUUCUGUGAUUGGUGGAUUUAGCUGAGUGCACUUAAUAUGAUUGGCUAAUGUAAUUGUCUGAUUACAGGCAACUGUCCGACUACAGCCAACUGUCUGAUUACAACCAUACACAAUGAUUAAAGAAAAAUAAAGCAGUUAAUGCACCAAUCAAAUUUGAGGACAUUGUAAUGGUUAUGAUUAAUAACCUGUUUCAAAUUUGAGUGCUCUUUUAUAAAGACAGCCUAGCUGGAAAAUUAGCCUGACAGGUUCUUAAAAACCAGUUUCUUAGUUGUGGAUUUUUCCUGUAUCCUUGUUGAGCUUAAUACUGCACAUCACUAUGCUGGGUGUCAGCCAAUCCCUUUUUUGUUUCUCCAUGUCAAAGAGGUCAGAUAGGGAAUUUACAUUUAGUCUUCUAGACCAUGGUGCCUUUAAUAGAAAGCUUUCUUCUCCUAACCAGGAUCAUAUUAACAAUCCUUUACUCUAACUGAUUAAUUGAAGGAUGAAGAACACUAAGGGAUGAAGUUGUCAUAACACAACCACCAACUCCUUUCCACAGGAGGAACAGAAUGCCUAGGGAUGGAAAAUAAACAUGCAAAACUGAUUGAAGUAUAGAGAGUAUGCACAUGACGUCACGGCGGCCAUGUUGGUGUCCCAAACUAAUCCUGUGGCAGUUGAACUCUUUUCUUAUGCAAAUGAUUUCUUUUGUUCCAAUAAAUUUGCAUAGAUGCAAGCCAUGUGAGUGAAUACUCUCUAUGAAAUUCAAGCUUAGUUUGGUUUCCUGUAGUUGCAUUUAGGGUGUUUGCCUUCUUAUCUCCAAGGGAAAUAUGUGCAGCAGACAGUGCUGCACACCCCCUCCCCCCCUAGAAACCUUGAUUUCUUCAAAGCUUCCUAGUGCAAGAUCAUUAGUUUCAGUCUUUCCUGUGAAGUUUUUUAAGUCUUACCACAAAAACUACAGUUAACACAGUUGUCUAGUUAAAUAUUACUGAUCCCUGACAAGAAAGUGAAUGUCAGGGAAACAGACACUUAUCCUUGAGGUCCUUGAAAGAGAGUUGGCAUGUAAAGCCAGGAAAUGUCUUACCAAGGACCAGCUUCGAAGCACGCUACUGUACACUGGCCUAGACACUGUCAGAGGAUUCCAUCCAAACAGAAUUGACAUCCUGAACCAGCUUAACAUGAUUUCAGUGUCUUCUGUUGCUGCAGAUUUUCUGCAAACCAGAAAAGUGUACUCCUUGAAAUGUCACCAUUCUUCCUUCCUUUCACCUUUAUUAUUUGACAGUGAGUUGUACUCAACAUUUAUUAACAACAUUUCUGUCCUCAUUGACUUUUAUCUCUUCAUGAGUUGUGUGGUAGAUAUACUUUUUAAUACUUCUUGAUAUUCUCUUGUUUGUGCUCUUCUGUCAUCUAUUUUUGUCUUCCCAGCUAAGCAAAAUAAAAUACAUAAUUUAAACAUUAAUGCCCAGAGGACUAGCCUGUGCCACAGACAGAACUAAACUUCUGGUUAAGUCCCCCUGUGAGACAGCACUGAAAUCCUGAUUGUGGGCACCCCCUGGCAAACCUGUAAACGAGCACUUGCAUAUGUGCUAUGAUUGGCCUGGUAAAAAUACCAUUAUUGAAGGGAAUAUCGAAACACAUUGGGAUUGGGAGCCCAGAAUAUUGGCACGGCUUUGCAGAUGUUACUAACUGGCAAUAGAUUACGUCUGCAACACAGGCUACACUGACAACCAGACUUACAGUGUAGGUUUUAAAUAUAUAUUGUUUAUAAAUUCAAAAGUAAGCUUAUAUUCAAGUCUUUAAAAAUACGCAAAAUUCAUUUUUUAUACCUUAGAUAAUCAUCAAAUAAAAUAAGGUGCAGUACAGCAUUAUGAAUGAACCUAACUGAAACUUAUUAAUAAUUCAUAAAAUGCAAUUUACAUCAAGAAAUACAAGUAAUAUUUACGUUGCCAAAAUAUGUGUUUUGCUGCAGGAAAAACUUAUACUUUUCUUCUAACAUGUUCUAAAGUAACUAGACCUCUUAUUGAGUCUCAUAUUACACCUCUAGUGAUCCCUCCAGAACUUCAAACCUCUAAAACAGUUAAACCAGCAGUUUGUUUUUUCACUUUAUAAAUUCCACUCUUUUUUACUUUACUAAUUAAUUACAUAACUAUAAUCACUGUAAGUCGUAGUAUGUUUUUUUUUAGCUUUAAAGGUCAAGAACCAAUCAACACAUGUUCGGGAGCGAUUUAUUUUUAAAUAAGUGUUGUAGUUAUCAGUUAAGAUAAGGGGUAGUUUCAAACUAGUCAUUUUAACAAUAUGACUAGUAGUGCAUAAGGGUUUCUUUUCAUGUAUGUUACACUUGCCAGCUUAGAAAAAAAGGAAGGCCACAAACUUUCUUGAUUUCUCUCAGAUAAUGACAAAUUGGACUACUUUUGGGCUUAACUCUUGUUCUAAACAUAAAUCUUCAAGGGCUAAAAAAUCUUUCAAUGCUAAAAAUCCAACACUAACCUUCCAGAAGCUCGCAACAUGUGACCGUUUCGAAACCAGUUGAGUAGAGCUUUCAGCAACUUUACGUCAACUGGCAAAGCCUUCCAGCUGUUAACACUGUAACUGUGACCAUAGCCUUUUUCUCCACGGUACUUCGCUCAGGAUAGUGUAUUUUGAUUGAUGACUUCGGUGAAUCAGAAGAUGCAGAAGCUAAAAUCUUGAGUGACGCUCGAUUAGACACAGAGAAAGACUCAUCGUUACAUUGCUCAAAACGUACAGUCGAGAAGAGCUUUGAGCAAUUUUACGACGAGUGUUAAAGCCUUCCAGCAAUCAACACUUUAAACUGUGACCAUCAGCUUUUUCUCCAUUCUAUUCCACUCAGGAUAGGCUAUUUUGUUUGACAAUCUCGGUAAAUCAGAAGGUACAACAGCCAACCCUUUGAGCGGACACUCGUUUUGAAACAGCGAAAGACUCGCCAUGACAGGACAGUUGGGUAGAGCUUUCAGCAACUUUACGUCCAGUGAUAACGCCUUCAAGCAGGUGACACUUUAAACUAUGACCACCGGCGUUUUGCCCAAUCCAUUCCGCUCAGGAUAGGCAAUUUUGAUUGAUGACUUCGAUGAAUCAGAAGUCGCAAAAGCCAAACUCUUGAGUGAUGCUCGAUUACAAAGAGCAAAAGACUCGCCAUGACAUCCCUCAAAACCAUGCAGUUGAGCAGAAGUUUUUGCAACUUUACGGGGCGUGAUACAGCCUUCCAGCGGUGAACACUUUAAACUGUGGCCAUCAGCGUUUUUUCCAUUUUUUUCCGCUCAGGAAAUUAUAUUUUGUUUGAUGCCUUCUCUAAAUCAGAGGCCGCAAAAGCCGCAAAACGUUAACGACACUCGUUUUAAAACAUCUCAAGACUCGCCAUGACAUUCCCCGCAGCUGCAUGAUAUUUAUCGUUAAAAUAAUACUAAAACUUCUUUGUUUGGUCAUGAAAUUUGCUUGAAAGGCCGGCUAGAUACCUUCUCAAGAUUCUAGGCAUUCAAGAUACAUAAUUCCGUUAGUCUGUGGGUUAAAAUAACGAGAAAACCAAAUGGCAUCGGGCGUCCAUCUUGGUGCUUCGCGCGAAAACAGAGCAGCAAGUUUGCAACCGGAUGUGAUGUCAUAAAUCGGUGGAUCAUAGGUACACGAAACAAGUACCGGGCGCUAUUGGAGUCGUGGGGCCCCCCUGGUUUCCCCCCCCAUACAUGAGCGUAUGGUGGCAGACCGUAUCCUGUUUAACGUUGCCCGGAUCCCACACUGUAUUUCAGUCAAAUCCCGGAGCCUGGAAAUACCCUUGUAGAUCUUGUACAUGCCGUCAGACCAAAUUGUCACGGGUGAAGUUGACAUUCUUUCUUUCCGAUCAGGUCUUAACAUGAGCAGGAGAAAUACAGCUCUUCGGUUGCCCUGCAGUCAACAGACAUUCCAUUCAGAGAGAAUAAUAAAUCCUUAAUGACUGGUCCAGAGGGAAACAAACAAUUUUGUUUUCCUGGAAUCUCAAUGUUUUCCGAGGCGAAACCGUGGAAAACAUUGAGAUUCCUGUUUUUUUAUAUAGCUAGAAAUUCAUUAAACCUAGCUGUAAAGGCGGUCGUUGGUCAACAUUCGCGGGUAACAGUGCACUGUUACCCUCUGACGUCAUACAUUUUGCAAUGUUGCUCGCUCAGAGAUUUUGGCGUGAAACAGUUUCAUUGUUAGAUGUCAUGUGACCUCGAAGUAACCAAUGAGAGCGCGCGCUGUUAAGAAGAUAUUUCCAGCCAUACAACAAUAGGCCACUUCCGGGCUCCAAAAACCCUCACCUUCAAAAUGAGGCCAAGUGCAAAACCUUUCUCGUGAAAAUGAGCUUUAUUUACAUGAGAAUGAAAAAUCAUUUCCAUAUCAAAGGCUGAGCACUUAACCUCGUUUUGAUACAGAGGCCCGGGGAACUGGGAAAUGGCCUAUUACGGUAUGUAAGAUAUUAGCUGCUUUCAGAAGCCUUAUAUCUCGCUAAAUUUUAAGUUCACUGUCGAUUAUGAAUGUCUCAUCCCUCGAAACGGUGAGAAAAAAUACGUCGCUUGUGUAUAGCCACGGCUGCCUCAGACAGUUAACUUAAAAGAUAAACUAAACAUUUCUUGCCACUACCCUCUUCCUCUCAGAAUCUAGGGAUCCUUAGCUUAUUUAUUUAUUUAUUUUAGAAAAAUAAUAGAUAGUGUGAAUGUCUUCUUUUUGUGCGGUCACUGAUAAUUAUCACGCAUAAAAAGCCUAUCCUUUGGUUAUAAUAAAACAUAAAUAAUAAAUAAAUGGUUGAUUAAUUAAACAAAGUGCUGGGCUGUUCAUCCGCCAUUCUGGAUCGAAUUGAAGUUUGGAAAUAUUGCUUCAAUUUUUUGGAGAGGGGAUAACCGGAGUACACGGAGAAAUCUCUCGGAGCAAGGGAGAGAACCAAUGACAAAUCAAAAACCCACGUGUGGCUUCGCCUGAAGAGGCUACAUUCGUGAGAGUGUUCUCCCUAAAAAAAAAAAAUAGAAAAAAAUUCUCAAAAACAAAUAAUCAGGGGGAUGAUCGACUGGGGGACAAAAAAAAUCCCUAGGGCUUCUAACAACCCCCCCUCCCCGAAAAAAAAAUUCCUACAAAAAAGUAACCCCAAAAAAUCCCAUGCCGAAUUGCUGAGACUUAAAAAUAUCGCGAAUGUUUGUUUUUGUUUAUUCAUCAUACCAUCCACAUCUGGUGGUCGUUCUAACAACACUCGAGACACUAGGAGCCCAAGAACAUUUUGAGUACCCCCAAAAAAUCCCUACUUAAAUCAAGCCACCCAAAAAAUACUUGCUAAAUCUUCUUACCCAAAAAAAACCAGAAUCGAAAAUUUCAAACCCCCAAAAAAUCCUUCGCUCAUCCCUGUCACUUGAAAUCAAGAGUACCUUCCUGGGGCAUCGCGUUGCCUCAUUUAUUGUCACCAGGAGCCUAUCAAAUUUGAUGGGCUCCUGUUGUCACAAAAAGGGGGCACGAUAAGAUAAAGGCUGUAGUCCUUUAAAGUUGCACAAUCGCACGGCAAUGAUCUUUAAAUAGUAUGUGAUUUGUUCAUAAUAAUAUCUGCCACGUAUCUUCCAAUUUAUGCAGGUACCGGUCCUAAACAUCCGCCUAUUUCUCCUCCCGAGGUUUCAGUGACAGCCUACAACAACGUCAGUUUAAAGUGCUUGGUCGAAAUACAUCCUGACGAUUGGGAAUGCGCAAAUUCAAUGAAACUUCAGUGGUUUUUUAACAACAGCUCAACGCCAUUAACACGUGGUGAAAAGUAUGAUAUACAAAAAAGGAGAACUAACAGCAGAUGCAAAACAGAUUUCAUUCUCACCAUAGCUAAUGUUACUGAUGAUGAUGACGGAAAGUAUAAAUGUCAGUGGAUCUGUGCCAAGGACGACUCCAGUUCCGCGUCUUUUAUCCAGUUGAACGUAUUUUCAACAGGUAUUGUUUCCUCUACAAGAUUUCUCUAGUGACUUCUCCAAAUUUUACUACACAUUGAAUGAUUUUUUAAACAAUCAUGCAACUAAAAAAGGUCUUCUCUAAACGCAAACUCGAGCGGUUUUCCAAGACAUGGAUCAGUAACAAGUGCGAUAAGAAAGUCAAUUAAGUAAAAAACUGGUCGUUGAGUGAUAGAUCAUUUGAAUGCGUUUAACAAUUGGGCUUUUUCUUUUUUCAGAACCAACAACCGAGACCCCUACUGGGAACACACAUUUUCGAAAAAGUAAGUUUUGAUCACUAUAAUUUUCGGAUCACUAGACUUUCAGCUAGAAAAUCCGAACAGAUGAAACAUGUUUGGGCUAUAAAAAUGUGCCUUUAUCUACUUUUUAAAUGCUAAAAUGCGUUUAACAAUGCUAUGUUUAAGUGGUUUUGAACUAUAUUCUCGUUGGGUGCCCCUGUAUAACUAAAAACACAACUACCCGUUAUCUCCACCAAUCAUUUUCCGCUAGGCUCCUUCCGUUGUGGACAGAAUUGUGCCACCUGUCCAUACAUUACUAACGGUCUUACAAGUUAUACCUUUUACGCAACAGGUGAAACACGCUCCAUCACUUCACACAUUACUUUUAACACUAAAAAUGUGAUCUACAUGGUUCAAUGUAACCGUUGUAAUUUACAAUGUAUAGGUGAAACUAAGCGACGUCUCAAGGACAGAUUUAACGACCACAGACGUGCAGUCGACAAAACUAACAUUAAUCUAAACCCACUACUGUUUGUGAACACUUUCUCUCUCACUCUAACCAUUCUCAUACUGACAUGCAGUUAAUCCCACUAGAGAAAAUUCACUCUUCACGUGACUCAGUUCGUAAGGCCAGGGAGUCGCAUUUGAUAGAUAAGGCCAUGACUCUUGAACCUCAUGGCCUAAAACCGCCGUGACGAAUUAUUGUAAUCCAUAUCCUUAGUAUUUUUCCUUUCCACUUUUUAUGUUGUACGUCAUUUCCGCCUCUCCCUUUUAUUGCGACAUUCUCCAUCUAUAUAAUAUUGUGAUUGCUACAUAAGUUCAGUAACAUCUGUAAACCUGAAGAAGGUUGGUAUGGCCAGCCGAAAUAUUGUUAUAAAAAACAAUACACGUUCUUUUAAAUCAGCUUUGCAGUAGUCUUUGGACUUCUCGUUCUUGUCUUUAUAUUUGGCUGAUUUGAUCUCUUUUCUAGAGAUCCAACGUUUACAACUAGCAGGAUCUUCGUCCACGGUUUUUAAAGUUAAUUUAAUCCACAAAACAAUACCCACACAACAACACAGGCGAACCAACUAUAGUUUCUGCAACACUAAGAAACACUCCACAAAACAAUACCCACAGAACAACACACAGGAGAACCAACAAUGGUUUCUGCAACACUAAGAAACACUCCACAAGACAAUACCAACAUAACAACACACAGGCGAACCAACAAUGGUUUCCGCAACACCAGGAAACACUCCACAAAACAAUACCCACACAACAACACACAGGCCAGCCAACAAUGGUUUCUGCAACACCAAGAAACACUCUACAAAACAAUACCCACACAACAACACACAGGCCAACCAACAAUAGCUUCUACAACACUAAGAAACACUCCACAAAACAAUAGCCGCACAACAACACAGGCGAACCGACAAUGGUUUUUGCAACACCAAGAAACAUUCCACAAAACAAUACCCACCAACAACACAGGUGAACCAACAAUGGUUUCUGCAACACCAAGAAACAUUCCACAAGACAAUACCCACCAACAACACAGGUGAACCAACAAUGGUUUCUGCAACACCAAGAAAAACUCCACCAAACAAUACCAACACAACAACACACAGGCCAACCAACAAUGGUUUCUGCAACACCAAGAAAAACUCCACAAAACAAUACCCACACAACAACCCACAGGUGAGCCAACAAUGGUUUCUGCAACACCAAGAAAAACUCCACAAAACAAUACCCACACAACAACACACAGGCGAACCAACAAUGGUUUCCGCAACACUAAGAAACACUCCUUACUUUUGAAGAUGUGACGAUUUGAUAUUUUCCCUUUUUAUUGCUUUCAGACACUCCCGCUCCCAGCCACAGGAAAUGGAUCCUACCUGUCAUUAUUUUCUCAUCCGGAGUUGUCCUGGGUCUAAGCUUAUCAGCUUUGUACGUGAUAGUAAAGAAAAGGAAAAAGCCGCCAUCAUACGAGAUGGUAUACAGGGAGAAUCUGCUCGACUGAUUGAAGUGUGACCUUGUGUAUUUAUACAUUUGUCACAGAAGUUUUAUAAAUUUUGACUUUACUUUCAGUUUAAGGAAACAUUACUAGAAAAUUAGCCCGAGUUGAGACGGGUUCAUUGUUGAAUUUGCCAUGUGCUCUUUAUUUGCGUGAACGGAUCUAGUAAGUGUUACGCGAAUUGCUUUUGACUGAGACAUGUAAGAAAUUUACUUUAGCCAUUUAAACUAUUUUUUCUCAAAGCAAUGAUUUUACUAGGAGUUUUAAGCAAUAAAAAACAUAGACUAGGAAGACCAUGGAAUCAAAGAUUAGUCGGGAAUUGGGACUAAGUACAUAAAAAUAAAUAAAAUGUCCUAGUAAACAAAAAGAAAAGAAAUUUUUAAUAAUGUCACUUAGUAGCAAAAAGCCCUUUACUUUAAAUUUACAAGUGUUUAUUGACAGGCUGUCACUUCAGUCACUUUUACGGCACGAUGAAUGAGUAGAAAUUAUUGUUGGCUACGGUUUUUUGUAAAACAUACGGGUUUUCGAAUAAAAGUUUGCAAGAAAUUAUUUCUCUGUCUUUUAUAUAACAUUAUUUGAAAACACGAUCGUAAGACUGCAGCAUCUAACCUGCAUUCAUGCUUCGUACUCUACCAUGAUAGCCCUUCUUUGAAGAGAUGUCUUCGAAUAGUCAGUCCUGACACAAUUUUUACUUUCAAGUUCUGUAUUGAGCACUUUUCGAUAAGAAGCUAAUUAAUUUCAUUAGAAAAUUUGUGUUACUUCUUAUUCUAGAUUGAUAAUAAGCCAAUUUUUAAAGCUUAUAUGGCCUGAAAGUUCAUGAUACCGCUCAUAUGGUCACUCAAACAUGUACCGUUUGUUUAGCGAGCUCAAAGUACUUCCUGCAGUCGCCAUCGUUGGUUUUUAAAAAUGCAGCCAGUAGGGUAGGCACCAUCCGGAUUAUUGUCCUUAAACAAAGAAAAACCUUAUUAUUAUUAUUAUUGUUAUUAUUAUUAUUAUUAUUAUGGUUGUUGUUGUUAUUAUUAUUAUCAUUAUUAUUUUAUUAUUUAAAUUUUACCCUUCUAAUCUUAAUUUUAAGAGAAUAGGGAUGCCAAAUAUGUUUACCUCUAUUACUGAUGGUGACCAUUAAAAAGCGUAGGGCAUGAAUUACGAUCCACGUAGAACACGCCGUAUGAUUUCUGCAUUUCAACAACAUCAGCUGCUUGUAAGAGGAUCAAUUAAAGUGCUUUCAUUGAGCGUCUAGAAACCUCACGAAUUACAUGUUUAUCGAAAACUUUGAAAACAAACUAAAAGGAUUGUGGUAAAAAGACUUGGGGGAAACCUAAUUGUAAUCCAUUCCCAGUGAUCAAAUUCUUUCCUUCCUGCUUUCAAUAUUAUGAAAACCCACCAAAUGCAGGAACUUUAAACAGUAAUUGGCUUUUCCAACUCUAGAAUGAUCUAGGACAUCCUUUUAAAGAGCAGACAUAUGGCCUUAACUUACGUGUAUUUCACUCGGCAAAUUUAAGAAUUUUUUAUUUUAAUCAUUAUUUUAUAAUGUUAUUAAUUAAUUUAUUUAUUUCGGAGGGGAAUAGUUGUGAUUCCCAUAUAAAUGGAUCCGCACAAUUCAAUGUUUUAAAACUUUUAAACCUAAUACUCAUUGAAGUUUAAUCGAUCGACCGAUGUCCCAUAGAGUGGCGUUCACGCGUUCUGAGUCUGAUAACGACCUCGUACAAGAAUAGAAAGGAAGCAGAAUGUAGUUAUCUUCUUAGGCAACGUGAUAGGCUUUUGGAGGGGAAUGAAAUGGUAAAAUUAACGACCGCGAAGGCCAGGCAUUUUGGAAACCACCCUAGCUACCUCAAGCUUGGAGAAUUAUGUAUAUGUUGUGGUUCAGUUUUAUCCUUGGUUUAAAUUAUAUAUUCAAGGGCCUUGUCUUGGGGUAUGGUAGUAUAUGAUAAUGGUUUCAAACAAAACAAAAUAAAUUUAAACCAAGGAUAAAAUUGAACCACAAAAUAUUUUCUGAUAUUCUGUCAGGCACGGUCUGGAUCUUUCAGGGAAUAACUCUAAUGAUAGUGGACCUUUAAUUGUUAAGAACAGCAUUAACUAGAUAGCUUAAAUUAGGACGCCUUCUUAAAUCCGGGCUUGAACAUAUUUAUAGUGAGCUGAAAACACAUUCUCAGACAUUAUGAGCGGAUUUCCCACUCCUUUUUCUGUGAAUUUUUUUAUUAUAUUUAACGAACCAUCAGUAAAAUGAGUGGCACACUACAUAGCUGGCAAGUGUCCCAGCCGCUGGUGCCUUUCUGAAUUUUCUGGAUCGGUCCCUAGACAUCUGUGUCAUUGCUUUUCUGAAUAAACAAGGUCUAGUAAACAACAUUGUUUGACAACUAAAUAACCGAGACUUUCGAAUUUACCCAUAAAAUGUAGCAUUUCAUGAUUCAGGGAAUGGCUACAUUCGAAGCUAUUCUACCUUUUCUGCAAACUGAUGUGUUUAAUAUGCAGUAUUCUCUCUCAAAAAGAGGCCGUUAAAGAUAAAUAUGAUGGGCGGCGUAAGUGUACCAUUCAUGUUGUAUGAUUCAUUGUUUUCCCCAAAUAACUUUAAACCUCGUGUCAAUAUGAGGAAAAAUUAUCUUGUUAUUAAGGAACAAAAACUAGAGAAAGAAGUCGUUUUGAUGUUGCGAUACCAUCAUAUUCAAGUGCUCAGCAGCGUAAGGUGUGGGCAAUAACUACGUGAAGUGAACUGAGCAUUAUUGAGCGUGCGGGGGUACGUAUCAUCAGAUAAAACCGAUAUAUUUCUUCCACUGAUCGAAAAAUGAUGCUGAAAGUCUCCUGGAGGGGGUAUUCGCUAUAAUGUCCUUGAACCAUCACGGAUCACAGGGGUAUCAUUAAAGAAGGUUUAACCCAUCACAAAGCGCAGUAAAACCAACAACAACAUCAAGGCAUUACCUAUUCUCUUAAAAAAGUAAAUAAUUAUAAUUAAUUGGUUAAGUUACCUUUGAAAUUACAUGAUCGUGUCUACAAUUCAUAAUCUCAGAAACUAGAAACUACCUAGCUGGUAAAUAAAUGGUAAAUCUUUAAAAUCUCAGGCAACUCUCACGUUCGCGGCAAACCGCUGUCACAAAAACCGGAACAGGUUUAAGUUCGAAGAGGGACGCGUGCGAGAUUAAGAAGGGGAUAAAAUCGCCCCCGAGUGUCUUCAAAUCCCGUUUUACCAGAAUCAGUAAGUCGGUUGUUACACCAAAAUAGAAGAUGAUGUUCAUUAUGCGCAUUGAAUGCUUUAUCUUCUUUCAAUUAUGGUUUCUCGAGCUCACAAUUGCAAGUUUGUCAAACUGCCACUUUCAUUGGGAUGGCCAUUAAGUUCCCACUUUUUCUAGAAAAACUGGUGAAAGUUUCCUUUUCAACGAGCAUUCAUUUCGAUUCCGCAUGUGAAGACUUAUCCCCCGGCUUCACGCAAGGCAGAAGUGAAGCCAAGCAUUACUAACUGGACCAAGAUGAUGAGAAGAUAAAACUAAGAUUCAGAAAAUUUGUGCAUUUUUGGAAAAUAGAACUCCCUAUAGACUCGUGCUAAGAUGAACUAGAAGAAGUCCUUGGUACUCAAAAUAUACACAAUAAAAAAAAACAAAACCGUGAAGUCCUCGUUUCAGUCUAAUACAAUUUGCCCCUUAGGGUUUUUUUUUUUUUUCAUAAUUUAUGCGUACAUGACUCGUGAAUAUUAGACAGAAUUUGGAAUAAACAGUUCUUAGAGUGAGAAGUUAAUGCCCUUCUACUUAUUUCCACAUCGCUUCCUCCUUGGGAGUGGUUUUCCUGUUUUGCGGUUUUAAAAGAAGAAUUAUCAGAAGGUGGUAAUUGGCGUUUAUUCCUUCCUUCUCUAAGUGGGCGGUAAGUCUUGCUAACGCUACUUACUUAAUCCGUUUUGUAAAUUGAAUUAUAAGAAUGUAGCAAAUGUGUUCGUCAUUCCUCCACUUGGUUGUUUUAUUUGUUUUUGCCAAGAACAUUCCAGCCAUUUAAACAAAUUACAAAACAAAAACAAGAAAUGCUGACUGGAAAAAGUAAGUUGUUACAGAACGUUUUGUAAGCAUUAGUAUCACGAAAAACAACGAAACCAGACAAACAGGACCAAGUUAGACAAAUUCCCGCUUUCACGUUUUUUGACUUUGCUUGAAGCGCCACCAUUCGGGGGCACCCAACGUCAAUUUUCGGAAAAUAUCUGUUCGGAAGACGAUUUGAGAUCUAGAAUUUUCGGAACAUUUGUAGCCUGCCAAAACAUCCGUUUCCCCUCGCUCUUCGCCGCUGGGGACGUUUCGCGCGAAACUUCCCCAGCGGCGAAGAGCGAGUAGAAACGGAUGUUUUCGCAGGCUAGAAUUUCUUGCUUGCCUGCCUCUCCUAGGAUUUUCGAACAUCUAAAAAAAUGGUAUAACUGUCCAUUUUUAACGGAUUUUUUACCUUAAAAAGGUCACCUAGAAUUUUCGACUGAGAUUUUCGACAAGGUAAAUUUUGAUCCCUAUAAUUUUUGGAUCACUAGAAUUUCAGCUAGGAAGUCCGAACAGGUGAAAAAUUUAUAGGGGAUAAUAAUAUGCCUAUAUCUACCAUUUAAAUAUAAAAAUACGUUUAACAAUGCUAUGUUUAAGUGGUUUUGAACUUUAUUGUCGUUGGGUGCCCCUGACCAUUGCAUAGUUACAUGGUUGGUGAUACUUAAUUUCUCUUAUCGGGGUGUCUUUGAGUGAGCACAUGGAGGUUAUGCAGAUGCAGAGAUAACUUGAGAGGAUGUUAUUUAACAAAUUAGGAACUCUUGACUGUGCUCUAUCCUGUUGCCGUAAGUGUACAGAGGAUAGCAAGAAGUGUAGGCAGCUGUGUAGGGGGAAACGCGAGACGUAGUCGAGUCUUUCUCCUUACUUCUUGAGUGCUCUAGGCGCUUUCUAAAAGCUUUACAAUAGAACAGCACACUGUCAAGGUUAAAUUCCUCACGCAUUACUUUUGAAUAUUCAAAACAAACUUUAAUUUCAAAGCCAACGAUUGAGUGACACCUUUAGCUCCGUGUUUUAAACUCCAAUAACGCGCAGAUGUCACGCAAAAUUGCAAUUUUUGUAUUUAUUCGAAAGAUCACCACCAUAGACCAUUUUUUUAUGCCGAACUUAGUGAAAUUAUGAAGUUCCAUAAGGAUUCGUCGCAAAGUAAAAGGCGACAAAGCUUUUUGCGGGAAAAGUAUAGCGUGGGCGUAAGAUUCACAAAUUUCCUGGCGUUGAGAUCGUGGGGACGGUUCAAAGAGAUACGUGAGCACCAAAAAAAAACAACAACAACCAGAGGGUGGGGUUUAUCAAUCCCUAAUGUGCCGCCAAUCAGGGUACGCGACAUUUUAUUAUAAAUAAAGGGACAAUAAACUGUUUGGUUUUGUCGCAGCUCAGCAUCCUACGCUUUUAGUUUUACAGAAAUUCCAACUGGGAAACUAUCGACAGUCCCAAUCAACAAGUUAUUGUUUCUCAAACAUGAAGAGACAGGCCUUCCUGGGAAGACAUUUUCAGUUUUGCUCAAUGAAAUUCAUGCUGUUCUUUUUUCUGUCAAGCCUUGUUAUCCAAGGUAGGUCAUAUAAAUCUUAAUCAGGAGAAAUCGGCUCCUGUAUUAACAUAUUUUAAUAUGCGUCAUGAUAUACCGGAGCCGAGAGGUAAGUUAAGAACUGUGUUAAAACUCAUACUUCUUAUCAUUUUGUGGUUUGCUCUGUAUUCUCCAGUAUACUAGUUUAGUUUCAUGGAGUUGAAACAACAAAUUCCUGACCCUAUUUCAUUGCUUUUUGCCCAUGAAAAGGCCAGUCUGUUUCAGCCUUCGGGCCUGGAAAAAGUUGCAAAGAGUCCAUAAAUCUGGUAAAAAAUGUUUAAGUGCAUUUUACAGAGUAAUACAAUUGUUGUUGUUGACAGAUGUUCAUGUCACAGGCUUUUACUUUAAAAAAAAAACUAUAAAAGUUAAUGAAUUAAAAAAGAAUUGUUGAAACUCUGUAUGCCGGGUCUUUCAGACGAAAUCAAAGUUGCUAACCUGACGAUGCGUUGCGAAACGCGCUACGAAGCUGACGUCCGCAACUACCCAUAGAGAUUCCUGAGAUUCUUAAGGUCAAGACAUUUAUGAUACUUUAUUUUGGCUACUCAAGAGGAGAACAAAUACAAUUUUUGAAAAAGGUCAACAAAGAACAAGAUUAUCAGUUUUGUCUGUAAGGAACGAUGUUUGGAUUUUGGUCUUGGCUGUGUGAAUUUUUGUUCGCUAACAGCAACUGAUCUGAACACAUAUGCUGAAUUAACCCUUUCGCGCCCAGACAAGUUAUCGGGGGACGAUUCUGUCACUUUAAAUCAAAAUCUGUGGACGAAAUCCUAUGAUGUUGCCAAUAUGAACUGACUUCUUUGACAAAACGUUUGCAUGGUGACGUAAAUUAAUUUUAUGGGAGUUGAAAAAUUUUUUUCAUAUUCCACUAUUCAUUUGGAAUAAAGAGGUUAAUUGCGUUGUAAAUUGUAGGAAGUUUUACUGUCGAUCGAAGUGAUUGCAUAAAAGAAAUCAGACAGUACGUUAUUCCAGCUAUGUAGAGUUUUGCAACAUAUGCUUUCAUAGAUCGUUCUGGAUCAAAUAGGCCCACGUGUGCGACAUGCACAGCAAUUUCGCAAGACUCCAUUGUGAGAUAUUUUCUUAUCUUUGAUAAGUUCCUAAGACGAUAAAACUUUACAAGGAGAAGAUAAAAGUAGGGGAAGAUGACGAGAGGAUCGGGUAGGAGGCGAUUGUUUUAAAUGUUUCUGUCAAAGGGGGGCGAUUAUUCCAGGGAAGCGAUUAAUCGAGGGACGGCUAUUAUUCGAGGAAAUACGGUAUGCAGUUUUAGCAUGUACAAAGACAACUGGGGAAUAUCAGUAAACCACGGUGCACAUAAAAAAAUUCUUGCAGGAAAAACCCUCUACUAGCAAGAAAAAAAACCUCUGCUGGCAGGGAAAAAAGGUAGCCGGAAAAACGCCUGUACUAGCAGGAUUAGCAGGUAUCAUUUUAAUGAAGGUCAUUCUACGCCAGGAAGAUGAUAAGAGAGAACAUGCGAGAAUCAGUCUGAAUUGCGACUCACAUUACUUCAUAUUGAGAUAACAAGAAAUGAAUAUGUGAUAACUAAACAUCACAUAAUUAAAUUACACUCAAAUAUAGAAGGCCUAAAGGUGAUUUCCACUGUCGCGUAGUUUUUCUGUGGGUACGUAAGCAUCACGUUUACCUCAAACGGCAAAAGCGAAUUUGUACCACGUGACAAGUUUCCCCUUUACUUGUCGUAAUGGUCCGUCCCUUAAUGAUCAUUAUUUCUAUUCACAAAAUAGUAGUGUCACGCAAUUUUUUGUCCAUAACAGUUGUUUUGAGCUGUUUUAUCUGCUCAUUUUCUAUUUUGAAAGAUUCUCAUCUUGAAUCAGACGUUUGCAGUUACGGGUGGCAUUUCAUGAUUGCCUCUAUUUCAUUUGUACGUAAAUUGGAUCAUGUACCGAAGAAAAAGUAUUUACGUACGAGGAAGUUCUCAUGUGGCCAUGUGUCAUGUGAUGUGCACGUGAUGGACAGUAUCAGCAACGAUUUUUAUAGCCUCCCAACGGGGAGCUCGUAUUAGGACGCCAAAACAUGCACAGCCAUGGGUACUUUUCACUCCGUGCGCAUACCGAGUGGUAAUGAACAUUAAAUAUUGAAUUUUUCCAAGCUCAAAUUUCAGCGAUUUUUGAGGAUUUUUUUAAGAUUUGCAUAAAAGGUUUCCGUGCAGAGAAACCUUGCAAAGAUAUUAUCCCCAAAGAGUAACCCCACAGUCAAAAUUAUAAUAUACUUUUGCUAAUAAGUAACCGCUCGCACGAGGUACCCUAGCCUCCCCCCUCCUCAAAUGAUAGAUAUUCUAGGCAAUAUUAGCUUCUCCCGAAACAGAUGUUUUAUAGGAAACAGUCGUUGAGUACCCCUAACUCGGUGGGGGGUUUAUGUCUUGGUUUCACUAAACCUACACGCGGUUGCUAUCGGAAGAAGCUACAAAGCAAUCAAAAACUAAAAACACUGAUUUGACGGCAAAGCCAAACAAAGACUUGAAAAUAACUUAAAUAACCAAGGUCAGCAAAGUGCAAGUCAAUUAUUUGGCAAGGCCAAGAUAUAAGAAUGCCCGAAAAAUACACAGUACUGAUUGGCGAUGUAAGUAUGAAUUACGUACGAGAAAAUCAAAGAUUAAAACAGGAAAGCAUGGAUGAAAUCUUGACAACCUUGACCGCUGAUCGCCUCCUGCCCUGACCCGCUUGAUGAAACAAGCACGAACUUAAAAAACCAACCAACAACAAAAAUUAUAUUUCUUUUUAACUCCCGUUGAGGCUUUGUGUUGGAGACCGAAUUAUUGGGCAAAUACACUUUACCAUUUGAAUUUUCUUUGUAUAUCUUCUUCUAUAACUCUUCUUGCUGCGAGGAUCAGUUUACUGCAGUUUUUCUUCUUGGGAAGUGUUCACUGAUCCAGCUCACUCCGCCAACAUCCGGCCGGAUGUCCUCACUCAGUGGUUUGAUGACGUGGUUUUUGAAGUCGGAGUUUUCUUCAGGGUAUUUUAAGGAAACCUUGUUUGUUUAUGUACAUCUUCACGUUUUGUUUCAAAAUAAACAUGCUAGAAUCGCUGAAAAUGGUAAAGCGCCCAGCCUGGAAUAAGCGCCCACUAUCAAGGUCCAAAAAUUUAAUAAGCGUCCAGGGCAGUUAAUCGAAAAUAUACGGUAAUUGUUUAUGAGGAUCUACAGCAAUGCAGUAAAUAACCGUUUUAAAAAAUGAGAUAAAAUCUUUUAGACUUCAAGAAAGCUAUCUGCCUUGUUGAUCAGUUGGAAAAAAUAGUUCCAUCAAGGAAUUCUGCUCAAAAGAUUCGUCCACAAGUAGACCACUUUUAAACACCUAUUUUUAACCGCCUCAUUGAGCCCUGACAAUUAAUUCAGGAAUGUUCUGCCAGCAUAAGUGGACUUUAGUUGGCCCUAAUCAGUAACCCUAAACAAAAAGAGUUAACAGAAAGCCUCAGUGCAUUCAGUUUAAAUGAAUGGUCUGAGCAAAUAGCAACUAAAUAGUACCAUGUGAAAGAAAUGCUGACGAGGUUUUGUUUGAAUGGUUACACCAUGGCGACACCAUCCAUACCCUGCAGGGUCUGACUCAAAAGUUAGAGCUGCAUGCUAAAAUAAAUAGAACCAUGUGAAAGUCGCUAAAGAGCUUUUUCAGUUGAAUUGUAACACCAUAGGAUUUCACCCACAGAGUCAAAAGUUCGAACUACAUACUAAAUAGAUAGUACCAUGUGAAAAUACUGCUGAAGAGGCUUUAUUUGAAUGGUCACACCAUAGGAUUUCAUCCACAAACGCAAAAGUUAGAACUACAUACUAAAUAAUAUAAAUAGUACCAUGUGAAAGUACUGCUGCUGUUUCAAAUAUUUUGCAAAGAAAUGUUUUAACGCUUUUUUAUACAGACGUCUCGCCUGCAAGCAUCAAGAGUUGUGAACUACGAGCUUCCUGCUCAAGUGAGUGUCAAUACUCCACUCAGAAGACAGUGAAUCCAAACUCUAACGCAACUGUAGGGUGCUCGAUCAUGAAUAAAGGACCAACACAAGACUUGACCCGGGAACAAGUUAGAAAAGGAUCAACACAAGACUUUACCUGGGAACAAGUUAGACGAGAGAUUCAUGGCAGUAACAAUGUGUAUGAUCUGGUGCUACAGCAGCAAGAGAAUCCACAUUGUUCGUGCACUCACAUAACCCUCGCACGUAAGUACAACUUUCUCUAGAGUUUUGUCUUUAUCUCGUGAAUAAAAUUUACAGGAAUCUCAUCAUCUGCCAUCUUUUGUAUUCUUAAUGCGAUAGAAACAACAGACUCACGUACCUUGACCGGUUUUAACCUGUUCGUCAUGCUCUAGUCUAAUUUAACCGGUUUUAGUUUAUUUUUAGGUGGAUGAUGUCAUAGUUUUUAUUAAUUAUGUGCGUCAUAUCGUUAUGUGGGUAUGAUGUCACAGGUUAUUUGUACGAGUCGUAUCCUUAUUUGGGUAUGAUGCUGUCUGAGCUGCGUUUUGAUUGGUGGAAAUCUCUCAAAAAGCAAUUUGGUUGUGUUGGUAUUUGGUCGUAGUUAGCUCAGGGUCUGAGCUUGACGAUGACUCCAACCAAGACGGCAAGUCUCCUAUGAAAAUUCUCACCGCUGGGGAUAUUCUGGGUCUUUUUGAGGAAAGUUUUUAAAAAUUCGGCUACAUGUACAUUAUAUGCGAUCAAAGGACUGCGAUGGUUCACGAUUUUUCCGUGGAGCGUUCAUGGGCGGAAAUAAUUUUGUUUUCAAUCCAGAAGCUAAUUCCUUGUUGUUUCGCGAAUUCUUGCCUUGACUAAAACAACAUCAUUGUAUGAUGACUCGGAAAUUAAGGAAAUCAAAUGAUUCAUUAACGUUUAUUACUGAUCACGACGAAAAUAGUUUCAAUCAGCAACAACAAUAAGCUUUAUUUUCAUUACUAUAACAAAGUAUUACAGUAUUGCAAAAGCUACUUGAUUUUAAUCAUUGAUUUCUUUUUUAAAUUAAAUAUUUAAAAUAUUAACUUGAAAUAUAAUAAUCAUUGCUUAUUUUCAACCAUCAGUAGGAUUGAUUAUUCCGAUCAUUUGCUGAUAAGACUGAGUGUCAAAUCAGCCACUGCCAAGCUAUCUUUUCAGAUGCCCAUUACUUUACCAAAGAACAAUAACCAGCCAAAAAAACAUACAUGGGCUGGGAUAGUGACAUUCACUCGGAUAGUAGGUUUGUCAAGAGUUCCUGUGGAGGUUUGUGUUAGUUAAUGAAUGUUUGGAUCAGGGUCCAAAGAAAAUCAUUUUUACAGCUUGCCAUUCGGGCAAGCCGAAGCUAACAUUUACUAGCCCAAGCAUCAUUUCAACUAGCCCCAGAAACGUUUUGAUGAGCAGAUUGAUUUCACAGUUCUUCUGUAAUUUGAAUUUCUCCAAAAGACAUCAAGUUAAUAGCAGAAUUCACUAGCCCCGGGCUAUCGGACACUACUUUCUAUCAAUUAGGUUUCUGGGAAACUGCCCACCUACCCCUUCCCUAAGCUAACAUUAACACUUACUUCUCGCUUAGAGCAAAAUGAUGGCUUAGGGGAGGGGUAGGUGGGCGAAAUUGCGAAUGUUUGAUGAAAUAAAGAAUUUCCCUUUUUACUUUUUCCUUUUUACGCCAUAGAUGUGUCACCCACAGGGACCCUAGACUGUGAAAUAAGUGCACAGAAAUGUCAACCUCCUUUGGAGACAAAAACCCGUACAGUAACGCCGAAAGACUCUAAAGUGAAUUUGAACUGCUCGAUUAAGAAUGGGGGAAAAGUACAAGACAUGACCUGGCAGUACCUUGAAAAACACCUUAAUGCCAGUGACGCCGGUCUGUUCGUACAACACAUCGAUUCAAAGAAUAGAAGUCAGCCUCGUGAAUGUUUUUCUAUAAAAUACGCCAGUGAGUAUGUUCUUCUUUUGCCCUGUCUGUAUCAAAUUGAUGGGGAGAAAAAUGUCAUAAUGCGGCCAUCAGUUCUUUCGUGUGUGUCUUAUUUUUUAAAUGGAUUAUAACGAAUCCUAUGAAUGCCUCGUAACAGGUUUAGGUAGAUUCAAGCUUAGCUGCGGCAAUUUUUACGGUUGGAUUGAUCGUAAAAACACGGUUGAAGUUAUAGCCAGCUAAAUCACCUCACUUGAACAUGGUCCGCCCGCUAAACUCUAGUUGCCAUGCCAUGCUAGAGGGCAAGCAAAGCAAAGGGACAUGACAAACAACAAACAAAGGAAUCAUUUUAAAAGAUGUUAGCUUUUUGUUUGGCUUGACUCAGUGCGUAGGGCCUCGCUCUCCAGCAUGGCAGGUUUGUGCCACAAAAGUGACUUACUGCAAAGGGCCUAUUUAAAACGAACAAGGCAUGGAUUAAAACAUGGUUGGUUGGAAGGUGUCGGUAAGAGAGAUGACUGUAGUUAUCUUAAAAAUCGUGAGCCAAGCAACGACGACGGCAGUGAAAAUGUCGCUAAAAAAUUAAAUUUGCCAUAUUUCAAAUGUUAUCGCGUCUAUUUGGAGCUGCUUAAUUUGUCAAAUGUAGGCAGUUUUGUCUUAGAGUUGAAUUCUUAUGGACUUUAUUCAGGAUCAGAAAGAAAAAGGAGAAUUCGUCGUCGUAUGUUCACUUUCUCUAUAAAACGUUGUAUUACUAGGUUUCACUUCAUAGUCGUGCGGUCAACGUCAAAGAAAUGUACUAAGAAGCUUGACGCAUGUGCAGCAACUGUUGUUUUCAUGUUAAAACCAAUUGGUGGUCGUGGUGGUUCAGAUUUUGAUAUUUUUUUGUACUAAUUUAAGAGGUUGCUUUAAAAAUUACAAAUAUAUCACAAAAACAACGAGAAGAAAACCAGCAAAUUACAUAAAUCCUGAUCAAAGGUGAAAUCUGCGCAGUGGCCAAAGGAGCUUAGGCUUUCGGGUUGGUCACUUAAGCUCUCUGGUUUAAAUGACUGGGUGCAUGACUUACGAGCUUUGAAAUUAAGACGAAGAAUUCCUUCUCAGUUCCAGUUAAUAGAGUAUCUAAGACAAGUUCUCCCGUUGACUUCUAUCCUGACACGAGAGAAAUGGAACUGAAGUGUACCUUCAAGGGAUGGCCUCGUCCUCGUGUAGUUUGGUACAAUCCAAGUAACAAACAAAUCAUCAACGGAUCUGAAGGUUUUUACAUCUCAGAACAGCUGGAGCGAGAGGAUACCUUAAUUUCCCUUCUCCGUAAUGCUGAUAUCCAAGAAAAACACCGAGGGGCUUAUAAAUGCACUGGAAUGAACAACAUUACCAACUGGUCGAGUAGAAAAUCAGGGUAUAUUGACCUGAAUUAUCGCUGUGAGUCAUUUAAUUUCUUAUUUCUAAUACAACACACGGAUUCGCAAAACUACCUCCUUUGAAGCAGGUUCAUAAAAAACAUAAUACCAUGUUUCCCCUGUAAGCAAUGGAAAGUAUCCCAUUAAGACUAAGAGAGACAGCUCAUUGUCUCUUGACUUAGACGGAAUUAAAUAUUGGCUGUUUCAUAUUUCAAACAACAGAUUAACUUAUUCCAAACUGAAUUUUAAAAAAUACAACUGAAAAUUUCGUGCCACCUUCCUCCUCCAUUCAGAAUAAAUGGACCCUGGAAUUUUUGUUUGUUUACCCCUCGGGUACAAGGGAUAAGUAAAUAAGUUAAUAAAUAAAUAAUGAUUUAGUGGCGCUAGCUCAUCCACAAAGUGGUUCUUUGUCUACCAUUCUGGCUCAAAUUUGCCUUGCGCAGUUGGCGGGAUUAACGUGGGAGUGAUUUGUUGUUUUGGUGGCAAUGGCGGAAUAAGGGUGAGAACCAACAAAACUCAACCUGGCCGGCCACAUAUUAAGUUGCCUGAGGAAUCAAGCACAGGACAGUCAUUAAUGAGAGGGAAGUGUUCUCACCUGAAAUUCAGUAGAACCUCUAUAUAAAGAAGUCCUAGGUAUAAUUCACAAUUAUUCCACUUAUUCCACGAGUGUGCAUUAGAUAUAAGAUGGUAGGGGAGCCAACGAGACGCGUAGCACCGAGUUGGCUUUAAUCAUCUCAUAUCCAACAAGUGCGAGUGGAAUAAUUAUUCUAUUAAAAACGCCCACAAAAUAUCGAGAAUUCUUCCCGACUUUAUUUGUAAACCAACCCACUUUCAUCUUGUUUUUAAUUUUGAGCAGACGCGUACAGUUACAAUAUUUAAAGAGCAUGGUAUAACGGCUCAUAUACCAUGAUGGCUAAGCCAAUCAGAGCUCUAGAAUUGCAUUAUCCAAUGAUUCAAUUUUUAAUAAUAAGCGAUAUUCUCCUCCCCAGAAAUAAUACAGUCAAACCCCGUAAAUCCCAACACUGAAGGGGCCGUACUGAGAAAGAGUCCGUAUUAACAGGGUGACCUUAUUAAGCGGGUAGAAAAUGAAAGGGCGUUCUGUCCCCAGGGACAAAGCAAACUGUCCGUAACAAUGAGAUGUCUGUACACCGUAAUUUUUAGGGAGUUAUUAUAACUCCAAAAAUGGAGUAAAAAUUUUAGGUACAGGAUAACCCCUUUUUUGGGGUUAUUUUAACUCCUAAUUUAACUCCGAAUUUGGGGUCAUUUUUACUCCUGAAAAAGAGUUCUUUUUACUCCCAGUCUUGGAGUUAAAAUUACUCUGAAAUGGGGUUACUUGUACUCCUUACAGGGGUUGUUUUUACUCUUUUUGGAGUUAAUUUAACUCUGAAAGUGGAGUAAAAAUUUUAGGUACAGGAUAACUCCUUUUUUGGGGUUAUUUUAACUCCUCAAUAUCUGGGGUCACUUUUACUCCUGAAAAAGGGUUCUUUAAACUCCUUUUUGGAGUUAAAAUAACUCCACGAAAAAUAACUCCACUGUCAGGAGUUAAAUUAGCCCCACUAGAGGAGUUAUUAUAACUCCCUGAAAAUUACAGUGUAUUGAGCGGGUUUCCAGACUUAAGCAGGGUUUGACUGUACAAUAAAUAAAAGGAACCUUAAUAUAACGGAACUUCUUUAUAGUGAACAUAUUUUGCCACUACUUUGGGUCUUCGUUCAGCUGUUCGUUAUAUCGAGAUUCCAAUGUAAAGUGUUAUGUUGUUGUUAAAAAGAGAAAACGAGACGCCGAAUAGAUACUGAAAUCAACCCUUAGUAGCACAGGCCAUAUUGGUGGGAGGUAAGAGAAGAUCAACCGUUCGCUGGAGCGUCUUUAAAGACGGCGUGACGUGAGACAACUCGCAAAGGAACCAGUGGGAUAAACAAAAUCAACACGUGAAAACUCCAAAGCGUUUUGAUGCCCCAUAUAUUGUCACAAAUACUCAGGAGGGGAGGGUAAGAGUAAGAAUGUUACCCCCUACGGUUGCACAAAAUAUGGUAACGAUUUUCAAAUAAUAUUUGCUCAUUAUAUCUUUUUAUCAUCUAAUACAGGUCUCUUGCCUAAGGCUCCGAAGAUUUCUUCUCGCGAGGUUUCGGUGACAGCCUACUCCAAUGUCAGUUUAAAGUGCGAAGUAGGUGUUAGGCCAAGCGACUGUUGGGACAAUUCUUUACAGUGGUAUUUUAACAACAGCUCAGGGGAAUUAAAAUUUGGUGAAAAGUAUGAUAUACAAGAAAGGAAAACCAACACCAGAUGCAAAAAAGAUUUCAUUCUCACCAUUGUUAACGUUACUGAAGAAUACCGGGAAUGUAUAAAUGUCAGUGGCUCUGCGACCAUGACUACCCCAUCUUUUCCAGGUCUUCAAUUAUCCAGUUGAAAGUAUUUCCUCCUUCAGAAGAAGGUACUGAUACUCCUGUGAUAUCUAAAGGUAUUGUAUCACGAAAUUUAUCAAAAUUCAAAAAGUGGAAAACGCCACCAGAUUGAGUGAAACAUUAAAAUAACCGCUCAAAACCCCGCGGAGUGGGUAUGUGCCGCUGGCCUCUCAGAGCCUAUACCCCAUUAUAGUCUAUUCUGUGGCCAAUUAUAGACCCCAUCUUUGUCACUUUUGGGCAAAUAUGUAAUUUUCGCGAUCCCAACUUAGUCACUUUCUACUUUUAUGAAUUGACCCAUUUUUUAGAUUGAAUGAAGAACACUUUACUUUUCAUCUGCAGUACAAACAUUCUAGUACGUUUGCUAUUCGUAAAUAUGGAGAACUUUCUUACCCCCCAAAAAUCCGAAAAUGUGCUACCCCAUUUUAUUCAAUCCUGUCUUGAAAAUGGGACCCCAUCCAGCGGCACAUUCCCAUUAGCCUCUUAUAACGAAGUACUCCCCCCACCCCCCUUGGGCUCAAAACAGUAACACAGCAAAUACAAAAGGAGUCAUGUCAUGUGAGGACAAGCUUGAAGGGUUGAAAUUGAUAGCAACUUAAUUUUUUCAUUAGAAAACGGAGAAUCAAAUCCGAAGAAUAACUCGCAAUUGUAUAACAGUAAUUUUAUUCGAUCUGAAAUCAAAUUGUACAAAUAUAUUCUAUUUAAUAAGUGUAAUCAAAUAAUUGAUUCAUGAAACUAGAAAAAGCGGAAUAAAUGCUGAUAAAAGCUAAAAGUUGAUACAAGCGAAGUCACGUGGUUCUUGAAGGAAACAAACUCAAUUUAAGCUACUUCAAUUCUGUUUAAAAGGUAACGAAAGAAAGACUAAAUUAACAAAACGAAGGUAACAUACAGUUCACUUACUUCUUUCCUUAUAGUUAAAAGAAUUCUUGAAACUGAGAGUGUUUUGAUCAAAGCAGCUUAAAUCGAUUUGAAUCAGUGCAUGAAAUCAAUGCAUGAUAUCAAUAUGAAUCUGUAAAUUUCAAAGAGCUACACAAGAGUCAUACAAAGGCAAAGGAUACAAUUGACCAAAAACAAAAAAAGAAAAAGGGACGUUGUAAUGUCAACUACACUAAACACCAGCAUAUAUAUAAGAACCAACACCGGGGCAUAUGUUUACCUAUAUUAGUAAUCGUAUUUGUUUCUCUUUUCAUUUGAAAUUUCCUUUUUUUGUAUCGAUGAAAGUAAUAUGUUGAGGACAUUUCCCCUUUACCAACUUUAUUUGCAGAUUCUUCGACACCAUCGACACAAAAGAUUACAAACUCAACUUCAACAGGUCAGUGAUGUUAAGGGGUGGUCACUAAGUAUAGUGUUGCAGUGGGACUAAUUGUACGUAGUGGCGGAUCCAGACCUUCAGAUAAGGGGGGGCAGUCAUCCAGACCCUGAGAUAAGGGGGGAGGGGCGGUCAUCCAGACCCUGAGAUAAGGGGGGCGGUCUUAAAAAUUUUUGUUUUGACCUUUCGGGUCUCAGUUUGGUCCAAAAAUAGCGGGGAGGCCCGGAUCUAGGGGAGGCCCGGGUCCCUUCCCUGGAUCCGCCUCUGAAUUGCCAACCAAAUCUAAAAAUAGUAUCCAGAUCUUAUCCCUUUUCAAAUAAUACGAAACAUUGGAAGAAAACAGAACCACCCUGAGUCGGCCGUGAGUCGCUGGACUGUUAUGGCAAUUCAAAAGUAAUUACCGGGUGUCAAUAAAACGCGGGGUCGCGGCCUGGGUCGGGGUCUAUCUCUUUUUUUAUAGAAUACCGUUUUAAGGUUAGGGUUAGUGUUAUGUGAGGGUUAGGGUUAGUGUCAACCCGAGCCCUAACCCUAAUCCUAAAACAGCAUUCUUUAAAAAGAAGAUAGACCCGGACCUCGACCCCGACCCCGCGUUCUACUGACACCCGUAAUUACCAACGAGUUGCAUCGUGCUCCAGUUUAAAGACACAUUUUCACAAAUUAGCAAAAUAUAGUGUAUAAUCCCGGGUAGGCCCACGGGUAACCCAGGCUCUGUGAUAGUACCACAAUACGGUCCCAUUAAAAUUCCAGGGUUGGGGGACUCCGCAUAUGAAAGGGGUGGGGAUGCUCGUCAGAAAUUUUGAAUUAAACCCCUAAAGGAGACCGGUCUGGGCGUGGCCCAAGCUUUUUUUGAUCCCUAAAAGAGGCCAUGUUAAAACACAGACAAAUGAGAAAACUUGGAUUAUAUGAAUGGAGUAAAUAAGACGAAUUAAAAAUAUACAUAUCAAUUAUAUAUUUUUAUAUUUUUUCGCGUGCAACCCUAAACGAGACUUUCACGGCUAAAUAUGAUGGCAAAAUUCAGGCACGUGUGCGCGGUUUGCGCUAGCGAAUUGUGAUUGGCUAGGAAGAACAAUUGCCUUCUAUCAAGUAUUUUUCCAGCAGGGGAGGGUGGCUUUGGGUAAAUGGUGUAUCGGUCUCCAGAAAGGUCACCCCAGGACUCCCGGGAUGGAUUUUUUUUGUCAUAAUUUGCUAACUAACUAGAAGACUCAAUUAUGACUAACAGAACUAACCAGUUUACUGUACACAAAAUCUCAGAAAUCUCUGGCACAUAAACUGACUCUUACACUGACUUAUUUUUUUCAGAUGCUGUUGCUGCCUAGAUGAACGCUGUUUAGGGAGACUUUUAACGGUUUAUGAAACAUCAGGGGCCCAUUUCUCCUAAGUACCGAUAAUAAACUGGCCCGGGAAACAGUUGUUACGAACAGUUAAGGUCGAGGUUUUCAUUAGUUUUCGCUUUUUAGUGUUCUUUACAUUUUCAUUUGAAAAUGUUUUACUUGGUUUCGGGCCAGAAACGUUACGGGGAAUUUUGAGAAAGGGGCCAAAGAAGAGGAGAGUUUGGAAAUAGUUUUCUUCAGUGGGAAGUUUUCUUUUGGUUCCGUCUAGUAAUGUUUUGGUUGUUAGUUUGAUUGUUUUACACAAAUAGUACCAGUAGAAACGCUCUGAAGUAUAAAGUAAAUGAUACAACUAUAAAAAGUUGUUAAAAGCUUAUCUUCUUGUUGUUGCUUGACAAUAAAUUUUACUUCGGGUUGAAACAGUCACUCUCUUUGUCUUUCCCAACCACGCGCGCAGAGGUCGGACUCAAGUAGAUUAAGGCCUCGGUCUACGUCAGUUAUAGUUUUUAUACACAUAUUCCAAAAAACCAUUGUUAAAGACAACAACAAUAAUAAUAACAAAAUCAACACUCCCAAAAAACUGUAACGUACGUAGUGGAAGAAAAAUCCUUAGCAUGCCCUGUGUAAAAAUGAAAAGGUGUUCAACAGCAGCAUUAAAGAAAGUAUUCCGGCUUUAAUAUCCAUGUAAUAUCCAUUGCAAAAAAAACAAAUAACAAAUAACCAAACACUAAAGUAAUGAAAAUAAUAUACAAAAUAUUUCAUUCAGACAUUCAUGAGGCUAACUACAAUACCUAUAAAAAAAUUACGAAAUAUGGUUAUUCUUCCAUACACAAUGUGUUUUGAAUUCUUACGGAAGUGUAGCCAAAUCCCUAUUUAGAGAGUGUCUCUGUAAGAGCGGUCCGGUCGAAUUUGCUUGAGACACAGAUUUAGCUCAUUUCUUGUGUGUUGUAAGAAGUUCAUGUACCUAUACUAAAACCACAAUCGGUUUGAUCGGAUCUCUUUAUUUUUCAGAGUUUUACGGAAAUUAAAUUUCACUCUGGUCAGCGGUCACGUUUAUGAGGUAAACAUGGCGAUCGCUUCCUGAUCACCGUUCUUAUCGAUCAGAAAAUCAAAAUACCAGCGUGAUAUGGCCUCCAAGAUGAAGCAGUUAUGUUGUUUGAUUCGCACUUCACAUUAAAGUCGAAACUUGGGCGUCACAGGUUAUUUCUUACGGUGGAAUCGAUGAGGGAAAUUCGACCACUAGUUGUAGUGUUUGAAUUGUUGGAAGAAAUGGUCGCAUGGGGAUGUAGGAAUGGUAGGUUUAACGAACAAUUUCAAAUUUUGCCCCUUGAAUUGAAAGUGAAGUUCAUUUGAAUGCUUUCGUAUGUAUUUCUGACGGUUUUAGAUCUACCUGCUCGAUUUAUAUCUGCUACACUUCAUAUUGACAGGUCCCUCAAAAUGGCGGCAAAACUUGGAGAUUGCCGAAAAUUAGGUAAGUUGACGGAGUUAUAAAGUUAGUAAAUGACGGGCCGCAAAGUUUUUUUUCUGUAGUUACCUUUUCUAUGGCACCUACUUCCUAGCUAUAUUAGUUGGAUCAGUUAAGAACGCCUUACUUUUUCAAAAAUAUACCUUGAAUUUGAUCGGUUUUCGCGUGUGUGACUUAAGCGGACCGAUAAGGUGUCGUUCAAUUCUUCCUGUUUGCUUGAUUGAAACGUGAUGUUCACGAAAGUCGCCUCGAUGGAUAAGAUAGAGUUAAUAUACAUGUCUGUAGUAUUUGAUGUUUGCUGAGUCCCGUACUUUUUUGUAAAUUGUCCUCCAAAGUUGUCUCAAAUUAAAGUCUUGAAAAGUGUUACGACAGGCCCUCGCUCGGGUGAAAUUUAAUUUCCGUAAAACUCUGAAAAAUAAAGAGAUCCGAUCAAACGGAUUGUGAUUUUAGUAUAGGUACAUGAAUUUCUUACAACACACAAGAAAUGAGCUAAAUCUGUGUCUCAAGCAAAAUCGACCGGACCGCUCUUACAGAGACACUCUCUUAAGCAGUCAACCUCUUCUGUUUGGCGGUCACCUGCGAGAGUCGCUACUUCCCGAGAGUGACAUCUUAGUAGUCCCAUGUUCUCAGUAAAUUUCACAAAUCGAAAAAAUUCAGCUGUUCUGAACUAUCAUAAGUCGUGAUCCUGAUCAAACCAACCGGUUUUGUGUGAUUUCUAUGUCAUGUUUUUGUUGGUCUCGAGUCUUUGGAUGUUCGUUACUAUUUUCUGUCCAAAGCAUGCCUGACAGGCGACGUUUGACGUCAUAACUUCUUGAUUUUUCAUACGGCCUCCGCGGAAACCGGCGGGAAAAUUCUUCACGCGUUAGUCGGGUCUGCUGCUUCUGGAGCUGAAAUACACUUCAACGUUAUCUUGUUGACGUUAUGAUGAAACAAAAAAAGCUUUUUUGUACAACGUAACUGCUUAACUUUGCCUUGAUGUAUAGAAAUAAUAUAGAGUUUUAUUCGUUCUUUGCCAUUGAGUGGACUGCGAAAUUUACUGAGAAUAUAGGACUGCCGGGCAUUUAGUGUUUUGAAAACCUUGUCCAGCAGUCGAGCUGAAAAAAUUUCUAAGUGUCACAAAAAACGGUUUUGUCUUCUGAGCCCAGCGUAAACCAAGCACUAGAUCUAUGAAGCACUUCAGGAUCGCUUGACUUGCCUUCAUCGACAUAUGAUAGUUUAGAUUAGCUAGAAUCUUUCGAUUUUGUGAAAUUUACCGAGAAUACAGGACUGCCGGCCAUUUAGUGUUUUGAAAACCUUGACCAGUUACCGGCCAUGUAGCCACAGUGAAAGAAUUAAGGUAUUACUAGUCCGUUGAAAUUAAAUUUCCAGAAUUGACUGCAGCAGGGACUUGACCGUAAUUGGAUCAAAUAACAUUUCAUGAUCUUCCGCAGGGUUUGUAGCCGCCAAAAAUGUCAAGCCUUCCAGUCGCAGGAGUUGGGUCCUGCCUAUCAUCAUUAUUUCAUCAGCAAUCGUCUUUGUGUCGAUUGCGAUAGCUACGUAUUUCUUUAUAAAGAAAAAGCGCACCUAUUCACCACAUCGAGCGGGUGACCUUGAAGAAGGAAUUAUGAAGAGCAACAAUCUUUUCAUCAGUUACAGUUCAAAAUAUGGUGCGUGGGUCAAUGAAAAUCUAAUUCCCAUUCUCGAUAAACACUCAAUAUCCUACAGCAUUCACAUAAGAGAUUUUGAGUUGGGAAAGGCCAUUGUCCAAAACAUGGCAGACAGCGUCUACAGCAGCCGCAAAGUUCUGAUUGUCUUGUCCGACAACUAUUUCGCCAGCAACUUCUGUCGAGAAGAGCUACACAUGGCCGUCCAGCGGGAGAAAGACGCUGCAGACUUCUCACUGAUUCUGGCGGUGUUUAGUAAGUUAAAGAUACAGAGGUUGCCAAGGACGUUGAAAGGCAAAAAGUGUUGGCUUGAUUUUGAGAAGCAUAAGCGAGAUUGGGAAAAGAAAUUGUUGAGUGUUACACUAGAUGGAAAAGCUUCUUAA